AAGAGACUCAGGGAGUACAUGAGCCGGUGUUUAUGCAUCGUUCCGGAAGCCUCAGCACAGUGAUAUUCGGAAUCGUGACUUGAUCACAGCCGCGAUCACGCGCUCGUCACGCAACUUGUGACACUCAAACUUGCGCGAAUCACUCAGUCCCAAUAGCUUGCAUGGAGCGACUACGAAACAUCGCGGACGCAUUGAUUUACGGUGUCGAUGAGGUUGAGAUAGAAGAUGUUCCCGAAAUAUGCGAUGAAGACAAAACCGGCCUAGCAGGAUCCUCACGGCCUUCCUUGUAUGUUCAAGUCAUCGAGCGCGCUAUCAACAACAUAAGGGACAGCAAAGAGUCAGCUCUGUUUUCCGAGGAGGAGUGGAGCUUCUUGGAUACAGUUGCAGGGCUUGAAUACAAUGCACGAUUCGUCCUCAUACGCUUGCUCUUCCGUACGCAAGACCGAUGGUUCAGACUCUCAGACCUCAGGAAGUAUGUCAGUGAGAUCGGGCCCAAUGGUGCCAAGAACGCCAUUGAGCAGUUGUGUAAACCCUUGCGCUCCGGCAAGCCUAGUGAAGUCAUCGACUUGACGCUCGACUCAGACGAAGACGAGGAUACGAAACCUUUGGCGGGACCAUCGACUACCGCGAUGCGCGGUGGGGCCUUUGGACGAGAGGAGGAUGUCUGUCUGGACUACUUCUGUCAGGACGAGAGUGAUAUGUCUACCGGCGAUGGAUUGCGGCUGCUCAACGUGGAUGAGCUGAAGGAUCUGUGUAAUUCACUUGGGAUCAAACAUGCUCAGAUGAAGAAAGAUCAUAUGAUAUUUGCCCUCAACAGCCAUGCUUCAUCUCAAUCGGUGUUAGCAUUCAAGUCUAAUGCUGGAUCGUCAAAGUCCAAAUCUUCAAACACGAAGCUGCGACAAAGUACAUUGCCUUUCGCAAACCGACUGCAGACUACGCGCCUCAGAGAGUUGAUGUUGAAGAAGAUAGGCAAAGCUGUGCAGCUCAAUCCUUACAUACACACCCUGUUGCUACGCUUGCAUGUCAUCUGGUUCCGGAGUACCGAGUUUCCAGAGUCUCUGUUUCAACCCGCUCUCUUUGCUGGAUUCAAGAAGAGGACAUAUGCCGAGUACGAGCACAAGCGACACACUGACAUUUGGGCAACUCGGGAGAUUACCUGGAAUACGAAGAUGCAAUCCGUCUCGAGGCAAUCAUCGAAGAACUUUUGCGGCCUGAAGCUCAAUUCGGUCGAUCACGGACCCGUCACAGCACCUGCAAGAGCAGGGGGUGUCGGUUUGUUAGACGCAGAUGAAGACGACGAAGACGACGAUGCCGUUGUCACGAAUAAAGCGAGGCAGGUCAAGGCUAUCCUUGAUUCCCACGUCAUCGACAAAUGGAAAGCGCUGGUCAUCGCUGAGGACACGAGAACUAGUGCUCGGCGGCCAGGGCUAGAGCGCUUUGAACCCGGUUUCGUCUACACGCGAUGUCUUCGCAAAUGUCUGGAAGCGCUCGCUACUCUCAAGGAAUUUGGCGUCGAGAAAGAUAUGCUGGAUCUGUUGUUGAGCCAAACGUUCUGGCGCCGAGGGAGCCGGGGUCGAUGGUAUGAUCGCAGGGCCCUGGUUCAGAUGACCUAUCUCCACAAGAACUUUGAUAAAACUCUCAACCUCGAUGUCCUCAGGGAAGCGAGACAAGGCGUGAUCCUGGGUCUGGCCGAUAAGGAUACAGCCAUCGUGUGUCGGCCACCGCUUAUUCGGCGUAUUGAUCGGCUCGAAAAGUCGCUGAAAAUUCCAGCAGAGCUCAAGACCCAAUACGAUCCUGCGGCUCUCAACAAACCCACAGAAAUCUACGUGACAGCUAUACGAUUCUGGGGGGAGCCUGAAACGGAGCUCCUCAAGGAAAACAAGCAACCUAACAAGAUCGUCAAGUACCUCGCCAGGGAACAGCAGGGGUCAUCUGGGGGCGAAAAACUCACGAAACAGCGACCGUCUUGGACUGGAAAGUCUCUCUGGCAGGGCAGAGACGGAGUCGUCAACGUUGAAACAUGUGCACUGGAGGAUUAUGAACUCCGGGGCUACAAGGGCUUUCACUCAGAGACUCAAGUUUUGACCACUGUCUUUGGGCUUCUCUUCUGGGAUGUUCUCUUCGCUCCCGUUCCCGGGGCUUUCGAAACCCCAUGGCAGAUGGGCCCGUUGGACAUCGCAGAGGACUCAUUUUACCAUGCCCGUCAGCAGCUAAUCGAUCUCCGGUUGGAUGACAUCAGGAACGGCAAGGCUCGUAGCAUCCUCGAGGAGGUGGACAUCCGGCAUCGAGAAAAUAAGACCUGCUGCGUGGGAGUCGGUUGGGAAAUGUGCAGUCGGGAAGAUCUGGUUGAAAUCGUUGAGUGUCUCGGUGGUGAGGUCUUAGCGCUCAUCUGCAAGCUCUUCUGCGAAGACUACGGCGGCCGGAGCAGUGGUGUUCCUGAUCUCAUCGUGUGGAAUGCUGAAGAGAAGGAGUGUAUGUUCGUGGAGGUCAAAGGCCCAGGAGACACAUUACAAGAGAAUCAGAAGGUACUCUGGUCCGACGUUCUGAUCACUGCGGGAUGCCGUGUGGAGCUUUGCCAUGUUCUCGAGCCCGAAUCACUCCAAAAGAGAGAAGACAAAGCCAAGGCCAAGAUCGAGAAGGCCGCUGCUGCGAUCAAGAAACGGCGCUCAUCCAAUUGUGAAGAUGAAGAGAAUUCAGUCGAAAAAACAAUGGAACCUCGACCCCUUCGCAAGAGACGGAAGUCCACCUAACGCUGUCUUCUCUCCCCUCGAUGUUGUUCAUUAUAUAUUGUAAUUUUGUUGUAAUCUAGGGUGAUGGUGAUGCAGGUUGUUUCUUCUGCUUCUCUGCU